GAUUCGGUGGAUGCCCAAAAUUAUACGUAAAUAUGAAUCGUUUAAAGAGAAUUUUUGGGGUGAGAAAGUCGCCCAAUGAGCAAAAUUCUUCCCUCUCCACCAUUAACACUUUGCGAGAAAUGGAAGAAAUGCUCAGCAAGAAGCAGAUAUUUCUUGAAGAACAGGCCCAAGCCCAGUUGUCCCUUGCGAGAAAACAUGGUCUCAAAAAUAAGCGAGCCGCUUUAUUGGCCCUGAAGCGAAAGAAGCGUUUCGAAACCUUGUUGCAACAAGUGGAUGGGACAUUGUCCACUCUGGAAAUGCAACGGGAAGCGUUAGAACAGGCCAAGAAUAAUAUUUCUGUCCUGCAAGCUAUGAAAUCUGCAGCACAAACCCUCAAGUCUGCACAGCUACACAUGGACGUUGAUCAGGUUCAUGACGUAAUGGAUGACAUUGCAGAGCAACAGGAAGUGGCGCAACAAAUCAGCCAAGCCAUUUCGUCCCCCAUUCCGGCCGUUUUUGGAGGAACUGAGGUGGACGAGGCUGAGUUGGAAAAGGAGUUGGAGGCGUUGGAACAAGAGGACUUGGACCGAGAACUCCUCCAUAUUGAACCCUUUAGUGUUUUCCAGCCCCAUGAGGACGGACCUCCUGGAAGACAGUCCUCGGAAGAAGGCCAAGCGUCUAAAAAAGAUGGCGGAGCACAAUCUCAAAGUAGAAAAGCACCAGAACCAAAGACGGAGGAGGACAAAGAGUUGGACGAGCUAAGUCAGUGGGCUGCGACGAUGUAAACAAUUACAUACGCAUUUCUUUUAUUCGAAGAUCUCUCGUCUAUGACCUAUAAUAUUUCUAUACUAGUGAAAUUUAUCGUUGUAAAUCCCACCAAUAAA